AUGAAAGAAGUCAUCAAUCUUGCCGGCCCGACGGCGAAAAUCGUCGACAGCCCAAUCCCCGAACCCAACGACGACCAGGUCCUCAUCAAGGUAGUCGUCAGCGGCUCCAAUCCUAAAGACUGGAAAUGCCCAGACCUUGCAGCGGAUCCCAACAGUCCCAUUCUUCAGCUGUAUCCUCGAUUGAGUGAGGGGGUUAACCAAGGAGAUGAUAUUGCCGGGAUCGUGGAGAAGGUCGGCAAGAAUCCUGGCGACCGCGUCGGUGCCUUCCACGAAAUGAUUGCUGUCGGCGGAUCCUACGCCGAGUAUGCCAUUGCCUACAGCCACACGACGUUCCAUUUGCCCAAGGAAAUCUCAUUCGAAGAGGCGGCGACCAUCCCGUUGGCCGGACUGACGGCAGUGAUCGCUCUUUAUCAUCAUCUGGCGCUGCCAUUUCCCUGGAAGCCCGCGGAAGAGGCCAUUCCCUGCGUUAUUUAUGGCGGAAGCACGGCGGUCGGCGCCUUCGCCAUCAAACUCUUGCGACGGAGUAAUGUGCACCCUAUCAUUGCCGUGGCGGGCAAUGGCGCCUCGUACAUUGAGCCAUUACUCGACCGGAGCAAGGGCGACACUAUCGUCGACUACCGCAACGGCUCCGAGCAAACCAUCCAGGGCAUCCGCGACGCUCUCCGCGGAAAGGGGUUGAAGCAUGUCUUGGACACCAUCGUCCAAGAUCAAACUACGCAGAUCCUGAAGUCUGUUCUUGCGCCCGGGGGUAAUGUCAAUGCCGUCCUUGGGGGCGAGCGAGAUGUUUCCCCGGGGGUGGCGACGAACACCUGGGUCUCCUCUGCCCACGAAGCCGCUGGAGGGAACGAUUGCCGGGAACUUGCCUACAUCUUCUCUCGCUGGUUCUCGCGAGAGCUGCAGCUCGGCUUACAGGGAGAAGCACUUGCGUUCUCGGGUCAUCCGUACGAGGUGCGACCUGGAGGAUUGCACGGGGUCCGAGAUGCUCUCCAGGACCUGAAGGACAACAAGGCGUCCGCGGUGAAAUAUGUGUUCCGCAUUGCAGACACGCCGGGAUUGACGUGA